AUGGCUGAGCCGACACCACCACCAGACACAACAUCAUCAUCCGACGCCGCGGCCUUGGCCAACCUUCAGGCUGACUACGCCGCGCUUGUCGCCAAAAUCACGCGACUGGAGGCUUCGCAAUCGGCUGCCAGCGCGCCCGCCAAACAAGAAAAACCGACCGACGGCAUGCCGUCCACCAUCGUCGUCCCGGAAGCCUACAUGCUCAAAGGCCGAGAGAACUUCGUCGAAUGGGAUGGCUUUCUCAACAUGUUCCUUCCCGACGACGUCUACAACUACCUCACCGGGGGCAGAGAUAACGUGAAAUGGACCGACGCCUACUACGCACGCGGACAAGAGUACGCAUCGCGGGUCCUCAUCGCUUCCAUCGAUCCGAUCUGCUCCUCGGACAUCAUUCCGAUUCGCCAGAUGAAAGGCACGGCACACGAGUGCUGGCUCGAACUAGCCAGUCGCUACCGCCCCAGCGACGCUCAAGGCGACCCUCGUUGGCGAGUUCUGGAACCUUCCGCCGAUCCCCACGACCGAAUCGGGCUUCAAUCAGUGGGCUGGUCAUGUCCGCAUCAUUGUCAACUCAAUGCGAAACCUGAACAUCGAUUUCGAACAAAUCCUUACCGCACGCCUACUCCUCAACAUGCCGCAACUUUACAACAAUUGGAAAUCUACCUUCAACCAGCGUCAGGCCGCGGCCACCACGCUCCCAAAAAUCGAAGACCUCAUCUUCUCCCUUCGCCGUGAAGUGAGAUCGAUGGGCGAACACCCCAUUAACGGCGCCACACCAGCAUACAUCGUGUCUCCCCAGCACUCUCAAAACCGAUCCAAUGCGAGGUCUCAGCGACCGAACGAAGCCUCCAGCCCCUGCCCCGUAUGCGACGAAGGCAAACACUGGGCUGAUCAAUGCCCUGACACCGACCGUCGCCGCAAGUACUUCGAGCUCAAGUCGGCACUUCGAGACUUAAAACUCCAGAAGUCGACCACCUCCCCCUCAAACCACGAAAAUGUCUCAUCCUUCGUAACCAUCCCCGCCCCGGCACCUUACGUGACGGCGCCGCCUUCGUCCCAAGAACACGACGACUUCUUCAUGUCGUUACACACCACAACUCCAAAUGCCACUCAACAGACAGACUUCCUCCUUGAUUCAGCCUCGCCUUUCCACAUCGUCAACGACCGUUCCCUGUUUUCAGGCCAACUCAAGCCCUCUUCUCAUCACAUCGUAGGCAUCGGUGGCCAGACGGCCGUCAAAGGCACUGGCUCAGUCGAACUCCGCACUGAUCGGGGAGUUUUGGUCAAACUCAACAACGUCCACUUCGCGCCCAAUGCUCCCGCCAACAUCGUUUCCGUCUUCCAAAUGGGUUCCAAAGGCGUCCGCACGUCUUUCACCAGAGGUCGAGCCGAACUCAGCACCGUCCAAUCAGGUAUCUUCGCAACGGCUACAGCCACGACGUCUAACCACUAUCGUCUCAAUGUGACCCUUGCGACAGCUGGCAAACUCACCGUCCAAAAAUGGCACGCGUCCCAAUCACCGCCACGCUCCAGCCGACUCAGUUCCUUCAUCGCCUUUUCUCAACCAUCAAAGUCAACCCCACCCCGCACCCGCACAGACUGGACCACCCCUAAUCGCUUUCGACUCUUGCCUACCGAUGUCUCGGCUUGACUGGCAUGGAAGCACGGGGGGGUGUCAGAACCCAAUCAUACUGAUUCUCUUCUAAUUCUAUUUACUUCUCAUGCCACCAUUCCACUCCUACUUUGCACUCCUUCUUUAGCCUAUUACCCUCUACGCCGGAUCCCAGCGCCUGAUCGAGACUCGGUUGACACGUUGGCUUGGGUUGAAGUCGCGCGCCUCGCGGGCACUCGUCUCUCUUCCUUCUUCAUCCAUCUUCCAUCCUCGAUCUUGCGCUCGUACUCAACCCCUUGAGUCGGGAUCCAGUCCUCCAUACUUCUUACACGUCUCGGUCGACAAUUUGAAGGCCCUUUUACUGUUGCUUGCGAAUUCAAGGUUUCACCUCCGACUCGGAACUCUUGUACGUUGGCGGUGCUGUGGCAUUGGCCGGCGAUUCGUUCUUGAUCAUCCUAGCUAG